UCGGGGCUCCACCAUUCAACACCAAACUGAUUUCAAGUAUUUAUUCAGCCUAACUAUCGAGACCGACAUAUUUGGAUGCUGAAUGCGGAACGUGGCCAGGACUGAAGGAAGAUUCGCGUGAUCCGGUAGAUAACAUUUCGGCGCAUCCGACGGAGAGAAGCAUGGUUGAUAACGCAAGUAUAGCAACUAAAUCUGCUUUGCAAGGCUCUUUCUCGCCCGCCAGUAGCAUUCCCAUCCCGGCUCCCUUCCCCGGCGUCCAGUCCCAGCAGCCCGCCAGCGGCGGCAUGAAGCUCGAAGCGGUCAUGGAGAACCUGCAGCGGCAACAGGCAGCGCGGCUGGCCCUGGAGGAGAAGCUCCGGCAGGCGGAGACAGAGAAAGACCUCCGCUCCAUGGUGGAGUCGCAGAUCCACCAACAAGCGCUGGCUUUCCGACACUACCAGGCGGCGAUGCGAGGCGCUCUGGCCGCCGGAGUUGCCAACUCGUCGCUCCCACACAUGGAGGUCCGCAGAACCGCCGAAGACGGGACCUCCUCCAGACCGGGCAGCGACGGUAAGGAGCGGGAAGAGGAGGGAGACGACAUGGAGGAGCAGGACAUCAUGGAUGAAGAGGAGGAGGAGGAGGGCGAAGAUGAUGUCGGGUUGAACCACUACCAGCACCGGGCAUCCUCGCUCCAGGGAGCCAGUCUGCCUCCUAAGAGCGGCCCGAUGCAUCUCAUGGCCAAAGCCCCGGCGGCCUAUGCCCCGGCCCGCUGCGCAGAGUCUCCCUCGGCCCCGCAGCCCCAGCACCACGACUGGACCUAUGAGGAGCAGUUCAAACAGCUGUAUGAAUUGGAUGAUGAUGAGAAGCGCAAAGAGUUUCUUGAUGACCUUUUUACUUUCAUGCAGAAACGAGGGACUCCAGUGAAUCGGAUUCCUAUCAUGGCCAAGCAGGUGUUGGAUCUCUACAUGCUCUACAAGCUCGUCACAGAAAAAGGCGGCUUAGUGGAAGUCAUCAAUAAGAAAAUAUGGCGUGAGAUCACCAAAGGCCUUAACCUCCCUACCUCCAUUACCAGUGCAGCUUUCACUCUCCGAACACAGUAUAUGAAGUACCUCUACCCGUAUGAAUGUGAAAAGCGGGGACUGAGCUCCCCCGGGGAGCUUCAGGCAGCUAUCGACAGCAACCGGCGGGAAGGCCGUCGGCAGAGCUACGGCUCGGCCAUCUUCAGCUACUCCCCCGUGGGCACCCCCACCCUCCUGUCCUCGCCAAAGAUGCACAUGUCCCACCUGUCUCUGCCCACGCACAACAGUGGCCACAUCUCCCACGUGCCUGUCAUCAAGAAAGAGGAAUCCAUGAUGGCCAGCUGCCUGCCCAGCCGGUUGGCCCUCCCCAUGUCACCCAGCGGCCACCACGCAGCAGCCGUGGCCGCCCAGGCAGCCGCAGCCCAGGCCGUCCAGGCCGCGGCCCUGGAACAGCUCCGAGAGAAGCUGGAGAGUGGUGAACCACCAGAAAAGAAGAUGAUGGUGGCAGAGGAGCAGCAGAGGAUGAUGCAACACGCCCUGCAGCAGAACCUGCUGGCCAUGGCCACGCAGCUGCCCCUCAACAUCAAACUCAACAACAGAGAUGAUAGACAAGAGACCGCAUUGAACCUGUCUACCAACGGCAUUAGCAGCAUCAACAUGUCAAUAGAAAUAAAUGGAGUUGUCUACACAGGCGUCCUGUUUGCCCGGCAGUCGGCCAUCGCAGCGAUGGCGGGACACCGCGGGAAACACAGCAGCUGUCAGACUCAGGGAAAGAGCAGUCCCACGCAGUUCCAGCCCUCCUGCUCCUCCUCCUCGUCUUCCUCCUCUUCCUCGCUCCGCGGACACAGAAACUCCUCCCCCUGAGUUUCCUGUCCCUCCUCCCACCCCAGAUCCGUUCUCUCCUCAAAGACACAAAGCAGUCAGAGACAUGGCUUUCUCUCCAUCUCCUCGAUCCGAGUCCUUGUAGGUCUGCU